AACAUAAAUUAAUUUUUUGUGCUCUCGAGCCACCACUCUUCUCUCAGGCGAAGCUCUCACUCCGUUGAGCGACGAGCCGGCGGGUGGCGUUUCGUGAAAGAAAUCCAGCGCUGGAGCUCGAUGAAAUCUAGCCGUUCGAAUCCGAUCGGCGAGAUUUGCUAGGGUUUGUUGUCGGGGCGUAUGUUAUGUAUGGAGGGAAGGGAAGGGAUGAAACAGGGCGGUUUUAUGGGGGCAACGGAGGUUGGCGGGGGAUAUCAAAAUCCGUUGCCGGUGGUGACAAGAGCAGACAAUCCCGGUCCAAGCGGGGGCAUAGUUUCGCCGGUUCCUCUUGCCGCGUCGGCUGGGUUGACGGUAUGGUCUGGAUCGGCUGGCGAGGGGAUGCAGGGGAAGAAGAAGAGGGGAAGACCGAGGAAGUACGCGCCGGAUGGGAGCGUGAUGGUGCCGCUGAACCCGACGCCAAUCUCGUCUUCUCUGCCGCCGGGACAGCUGUCGGCGCCGCCGGCUUUCUCGUUGAAACGGGGGAGGGGGAGGACGGGGGGCUUCUUGACGAAGCAGCAACCGAGGAUUGAGUUGGAAUCGUUAGGCGAAAUGGUGGCAUGCUCAGCCGGCGCAAAUUUCACGCCUCAUAUAAUCACUGUAGCAUCGGGCGAGGAUGUUACAAUGAAGAUAAUGUCAUUUUCUCAACAAGGACCUCGAGCUGUUUGUAUCCUCUCAGCCAAUGGUGUGAUUUCAAAUGUAACUCUUCGGCAACCUGAUUCCUCGGGCGGCACAUUGACUUAUGAGGGCAUAUUUGAGUUACUCUCCUUAUCAGGAUCAUUCAUGCCAAAUGAAAAUGGCGGAACAAAGAGCCGUUCUGGUGGGAUGAGUGUCUCAUUGGCAAGCCCUGAUGGACGUGUUCUUGGAGGAGGGGUUGCUGGUCUUUUGGUUGCUGCUAGUCCUGUUCAGGUCGUAGUGGGCAGCUUCUUGCCUGGCUACCAACUGGAGCAGAAAACAAAGAAACCAAAACAGGAGACAUCAGUCGCCAUGCCGGCAGACACAGUUAGAAUGUCCAACAUGGAGAUGGAAGAUACUCACACCAGCGGCGGACAAUCACAGCAGUUUGCUUCUGCACCAAAACCAAACCUUACUACCUCAUCUUCCCUUAAAGGAGAGAACUGGUCUGCUUCUCUUCAUUCUUCAGUAUUUGACACUAGAAACUCUGCUACUGAUAUUAACGUAUCACUACCUGGAGAAUGAGAUGUUUACUGGAAUCAAAUUCUUUUUAGAGCGAUGUGUCUUAUUGACAGGGAACCUGCCUCUUAACGUGCUCCGCAGCUAAUUAAUCUCAAACUUCCAAGUUCAGCUCCUUCGGUUUGCCAUUAGCUUUAUCGAACAGCUUAAUUGAUUUGUGACAUGAGUGCUUUAAAUUUAUCUUCUUCUUUUUUUUCCCGAAGAUUUUGUUGGAAUUUAU